CCCGCCGAAAAACGCACAACUUUCAGAGUGCAAAUGUCAGACGCGGUUUCACAAUCGCGCACCCGACCGAGAGUCUCGCGACGACGAAAAGGAAACGUGAAAAUCUGGUCAACUAAACCGUGUCGAGCCGUGCCGAGCGAUGGCCCACAACUACAUUGUGACCGCCCAGAAGCCGACGGCGGUCACGGCUUGCGUAACGGGCAACUUUACGUCGACGACUGACCUAAAUUUGAUUGUGGCCAAGAGCUCCCGGCUGGAGAUUUACCUGGUGACGCCGGAGGGCCUACGGCCAAUCAAGGAGGUCGGCAUCAAUGGCAAGAUUGCGGUCAUGAAGCUGUUCCGGCCGGCGGAAGCCCAAAAGGACCUGCUCUUCAUCCUGACGCACCGCUACAACGCGAUGAUCCUGGCCUGCCAGGUGCAGGGCGACGACAUCGAGAUCAUUACCAAGGCGCACGGCAACGUGGCGGAUCGCGUCGGCAAGCCGGCCGAGACGGGCAUCCUGGCGGUGAUCGAUCCGAAGGCGCGCGUCAUCGGGAUGCGUCUGUACGAGGGUCUGUUCAAGAUCAUCCCGCUGGACAGGGACACGCACGAGCUGAAGGCGACCAGCCUGCGGAUGGAGGAGAUGCACGUGCAGGACGUGGAGUUUCUGUACGGGACGGCCCAUCCGACGUUGAUCGUGAUUCAUCAGGAUUUGAACGGGCGGCACAUCAAGACGCACGAGAUCAACCUGAAGGAUAAGGACUUUACGAAGAUCGCCUGGAAGCAGGACAACGUGGAGACGGAGGCGACCAUGUUGAUUCCGGUGCCGACGCCGCUUGGAGGGGCGAUCGUGAUCGGGCAGGAGUCGGUCGUUUAUCACGACGGCGAUAGUUACGUGGCGGUUGCGCCGGCGAUCAUUAAGCAGAGUACGAUUAAUUGCUACGCCCGGGUUGACAGCAGAGGAUUCCGGUAUUUGUUGGGAAAUAUGAUUGGUCAUUUGUUUAUGAUGUUCUUGGAGACGGAGGAAAACACCCGCGGCCAGCUGACGGUGAAGGACAUCAAGGUCGAGCUGCUCGGGGAGAUUACGAUCCCGGAGUGUAUUACGUACUUGGAUAACGGAGUGUUGUUUAUCGGGUCCCGUCACGGCGAUUCGCAGCUGGUCAAGUUGAACACGACCGCGGCGGCUAGUGGCGCGUACGUGACGGUGAUGGAAACGUUCACCAAUUUGGCCCCGAUCAUCGACAUGUGCAUCGUGGAUUUGGAACGGCAGGGUCAGGGCCAGAUGAUCACCUGUUCGGGCAGCUACAAGGAGGGCUCGCUGCGUAUAAUCCGGAACGGAAUUGGCAUCCAGGAGCACGCUUGCAUCGAUCUCCCCGGGAUCAAGGGCAUGUGGGCGCUCCGCGUUGGCAUCGACGACAGUCCGUUCGACAACACGCUGGUGCUUUCGUUCGUCGGUCACACCCGCAUUUUGAUGCUUUCCGGUGAGGAAGUGGAGGAAACGGAGAUUCCCGGCUUCCUCAGCGACCAGCAGACGUUCUACUGCGCCAACGUGGACUUUGGCCAGAUUAUCCAGGUGACGCCGAUGACGGCGCGGCUCAUCUCGUGCGACAACAAGUCGAUGAUCUGCGAGUGGAAGCCUCCGGAUGAUAAGCGCAUCGGCGUGGUCGCGUGCAACUCUUGCCAAAUGGUUUGCGCCACGGCCCGUGACAUUUACUACAUCGAGAUUGAAGCUGGCAAGCUGGUCCACAAGAGCACCGUAACGCUGGACUACGAGGUGGCCUGUCUGGACAUUUCUCCCCUGGACGAACCCGCAACGCGGUCCGAACUGGUCGCCGUUGGUCUUUGGACGGAAAUUUCCGCGUGUAUUCUGCGCCUGCCAAACCUGGAGUUUGUACACAAAGAGAAGCUCGGCGGUGAAAUUAUCCCGCGGUCGAUCCUGAUGGCGUGCUUCGAGGGCAUCAUCUAUCUGCUGUGUGCCCUCGGCGAUGGCUCAAUGUUUUACUUCGUGGUCGAUAAAACGACACACCGGCUAACCGACCAGAAGAAGGUCACGCUCGGAACGCAGCCCACCAUCCUGAAGACGUUCCGGUCACUCUCGACGACGAACGUGUUCGCCUGCUCGGACCGCCCAACGGUCAUCUACAGCUCGAACCACAAGUUGGUCUUUUCGAACGUCAACCUGAAAGAGGUCAACCACAUGUGCUCGCUGAACGCCGAAUCCUACCAGGAUUCGCUUGCGCUGGCCACCAAGAACUCGGUCAUUCUGGGAACGAUCGACGAAAUUCAAAAGCUGCACAUCCGGACCGUUCCGCUGGGCGAAUCCCCGCGAAGAAUCGCCUACCAGGAGGCAUCGCAAACCUUUGGCGUAAUCACCGUUCGUAUGGACAUCCAAGACUCGAGUGGACUAACUCCGUCCCGACAGAGCGCCUCCACGCAAACUUCGAACGUAACUUCAUCAAGCAACAUGGGUCUGCUGAAGCCCGGCGCCAGCAACACCGAGUUUGGCCAGGAGGUCGAAGUCCACAACUUGCUCAUCAUCGACCAGAACACGUUCGAAGUGCUGCACGCGCACCAGUUUAUGCAAACGGAGUACGUCCUGUCGCUGAUUUCCGCCAAACUGGGCAACGAUCCGGCCACGUACUACAUCGUCGGCACGGCCAUGGUCAAUCCGGAGGAGCGCGAACCGAAAGUGGGCCGCAUCAUCAUCUACCACUACGCGGACGGUGCGUUGACGCAGGUCAGCGAGAAGGAAAUCAAGGGCGCUUGCUAUUCGCUGGUCGAGUUCAACGGCCGCGUUCUCGCCACCAUCAACUCAACGGUCCGGCUGUACGAGUGGACCGACGACAAAGACCUGCGCCUCGAGUGCAGCCACUUUAACAACGUGCUCGCGCUGUACUGCAAGACCAAGGGCGAUUUCAUCCUCGUCGGCGACCUGAUGCGGUCCAUCACGCUACUGCAGUACAAACAGAUGGAGGGCAGCUUCGAGGAGAUUGCCCGCGACUACCAGCCCAAGUGGAUGACGGCGGUGGAGAUUCUGGACGACGAUGCGUUCCUCGGGGCCGAAAACAGCAACAAUCUGUUUGUCUGUCUCAAGGACAGCGCGGCCACCACGGACGACGAACGGCAGCAGAUGCCCGAGGUGGCCCAGUUCCACCUCGGUGACAUGGUCAACGUGUUCCGGCACGGUUCGCUCGUUAUGCAGAACAUUGGCGAGCGGACAACGCCCACCAGCGGGUGCGUCCUGUUCGGAACCGUCAGCGGUGCCAUCGGACUCGUCACCCAGAUCCCGCCCGAUUACUACGAAUUUUUACGCAAGCUGCAGGAAAACCUCACCAACACGAUCAAAUCGGUCGGUCGGAUCGAUCAUACGUACUGGCGCAGCUUCCACACCGAGAUGAAGACGGAAAAUUCGGAGGGUUUCAUCGACGGCGACCUGGUGGAGAGUUUCCUCGAUUUGACGCGCGAAAAGAUGCACGAGGCCGCCCUGGGACUGCAGAUCGACGUCGAAGGCACCAAGAAGGAGGCCAACGUCGACGACAUCAUCAAAAUCGUCGAGGACCUGACCAGGAUACAUUAGAAAGUUGAGGAAAACGUUUAUUUUUUGUGUGUUUGUUGAGUAAGGAUCAACAAAGCUGGAAUGAGGUAAAGUUUUCAGAAGGUAGCACCUCAUACCGAUGGAAUAGUAAGGUAAGUUGGAUGAACAACUUUUCCCCUUUGUGCUCUAAUACUUUCGUUCAUACAGCUUAUUCUCAUGAUGAGAAAAUAAAAUAUUUCCCGUAAACAUA